AUGGCCCAGCUUCUGUCUUGUCGCAGUGAAGUGGGAAUGAUCGCGGGUUGGGACGGUGGAUUUGAAGAGGCUCCUUCCCUGUAUCGCGCUGACGAUACGGGGAUUCUGAUUAAGGGAAAAAAAUUGGUCAUGGGAUCUGGAAAUGAACUUGGGUAUGCUUUUCUGAAGGUGGAUAAUAUCAUUGAUUACGGAGGGGUUUGGACCCCUGCUUUUCCUUUCCCGCGUGAAGAUAAAUAUAAGGACACGUCAAUUUGGUCUCAUUCUCAAGCUGCAUUGUGGGCGAAAAGAGCUAUGUGCAUCAUUGCAUGUAGUACUCUUGAUGAUGAUGCUUUCGCAACUGUGUACCACAUUGGACGUGACGGGAUCAGGAAGGUCUUUGAAGAUAUAAAUGUUGUGGAAUUCAUGCGCCGCCACGAGUUACUGAUCACAAAACCUGUUGGAGGCGACUGA